CGGAACCCCCUGUGACAGCUGAAGGACUUCGGUCUUUCCAAAUGGAAUCGGGACCAGCGUGCUGUUGUGACACUUUCAAGAAGUUCUGAAGCUUUCAUUCAUAUUUGUAUUUAAAAAUCCUCUCCUUUCGCCCAUGUAAUCGGGCGCGUUGGGAUGAUCUAACUCUAGGAAAAGCAUGGUGUUGCUUUAACUUCUGAAGAAGCUGAGGAAAUAAUCAUGAACGUACCAUUAGGUUGCUUUUAAGUUAACUUUUUAUGACAUUUUUUCACUUGACUUAAACUACGUUUUUGCAGUUUGUGUAUAUCUUGGGUUGUUUCGAUGUAUUAUUAUACAGAGUGCCACAUGGAUUGCAGUAUUUGACUUUGCAUCGGCUACACGUUGCCUUUUCGCUGUUCCUAUACAUUUGAUUUCUCCGAGCAGUUGCAAUGGAUUACUGGAGUAGUAUUAUUACAGCGCUUGGGUGCCUCUGCGGUUGCGCUUGUGCGAUUUUGGCGUUUGCAGUAUACAAGCUUGGAGUCAUCUACCAGUUCUUCCACAAGGCGGAGUCAAAGAGCCCGCGCCAUGGAGGCGAGAGUGUGGCGGAAGUCCUGCGCUCCCACGGCGUGAAGUUCGUGUUCACCCUGGUGGGCGGCCACAUCUCGCCCAUCCUGGUGGCCUGCGAGAAGCUGGGCAUCCGCAUCGUGGACACCCGGCACGAAGCCACCGCCGUGUUCGCCGCGGACGCCGUCGCCAGGAUGUCCGGGACCGUUGGCGUCGCCGCGGUGACUGCAGGACCAGGCCUGACUAAUACCGUGACGGCAGUGAAGAACGCACAGAUGGCCGAGUCUCCCCUGCUUCUGAUAGGGGGAGCAGCAGCUACUUUGCUGCAGGGUCGGGGGGCUCUGCAGGACAUCGACCAGCUGUCGCUGUUCCGCCCGCUGUGCAAGUUCUGCGCCUCGGUGCGCACCGUCAGGGAAAUCGUGCCCGUGCUGAGGAAGGCCAUCGCUGUCUCCCAGUCUGGAACGCCAGGCCCCGUGUUCGUGGAGUUUCCCAUCGAUACUCUGUACCCCUACCAUCUGGUGGAGAAGGAGUUUGCUGUCAAAAACGCCCCUAAGGGAUUGGUGGGCAAAGCUAUCGCCUGGUAUCUGCAGAAUCAUUUAAAUAACCUGUUUGCCGGAGCCUGGGAGCCUCAGGACACCACCCCCCUCCCUGUACAGAUUCCCACGGCAACCGACCAACAGGUCCAGCAGUGUGUGGAGCUGGUGAGCCGGGCCAAGAAGCCGGUCAUUCUGCUGGGCAGCCAGGCCACUCUGCCCCCGACGCCGGCAGAGAAAAUCAGGGCGGCGCUGGAGUCGCUGGGCAUCCCCUGCUUCCUGGGUGGCAUGGCCAGGGGCAUGCUGGGCCGCGACAGCGGUCUGCACAUCCGCCAGAACCGCCGAGACGCCCUGAAGGAGGCCGACCUGGUGAUCCUGGCAGGCACAGUGUGCGAUUUCCGCCUGAGCUACGGCCGUGUCCUGAGCCGGCGCAGCAGGAUCAUCGCGGUGAACCGGGACAGGUCUCAGCUUCUGAAGAACUCGGAUAUGUUCUGGAAGCCCACCGUCGCCAUUCAAGGAGAUGCUGGCUCCUUCCUGCUGCGUCUCUCGGAGGGCCUGAAAGGUCACAGAUGCCCUCCAGAUUGGCCGCAGAGCCUGAAGGAAGGGGACUUGGCCAAGGAGAAGGCAAACAGGGAGAAGGCGGCCGAGAGGACCGAACGGCACUUGAACCCCCUGCGGGUCCUGCACCGGGCGGAGGAGCUGAUGGCGGAGGACAGCAUCAUCGUGGCCGACGGGGGCGACUUCGUCGGCAGCGCUGCCUACAUCAUGAGACCCAGGGGACCUCUGCGCUGGCUCGACCCAGGUGCUUUCGGAACCCUGGGUGUUGGUGGGGGCUUUGCACUGGGAGCGAAGCUCUGCAGACCGGAGUCAGAGGUGUGGAUCGUCUACGGAGACGGCUCUCUGGGGUACAGCGUGGCCGAAUUUGACACCUUCACUCGCCACAAGACGCCUGUUAUCGCCCUUGUGGGGAAUGACGCCUGUUGGAGCCAGAUCUCCAGGGAGCAGGUGCCCAUCCUGGGCAGCAACGUGGCCUGCGGCCUGGCCUUCACAGAUUACCAUGUCGUUGCCGACGGUUACGGCGGAAAGGGGUACCUGAUUGGACGCGAGGAGGAGGGCCGGCUGGAUGAGGUCAUCGGGAAGGCGCAGCAGGAGUGCCGCCAGGGCCGCGCAGUCCUGCUCAACGUUCUCAUCGGGAAAACCAACUUCAGGGAUGGGUCCAUCUCCGUGUAGGGCUGUGGGCAGAACCUGCACUUUACUUUUGGUUGCUUUUGUUGUCUUUCCUCUUUGGUGGGGUUUGUGCGCUGCGACCUUCUAACUAGGAACCCAGAGCUCCCUAGACAGCUACAGCAGGUUAGACAGCCUGUCCAUGUCUUCUUGAUGUUCCACCUUUUCUGAAAUGAAGACGAAAUGGCCUGGGGACUUUCCAGGAUUCAGUCCCUAAUUCCAGACUCCGGUGGGAAAGAAACAUCUUCAGAGGCAGUGUCAUGAUUAAUUUUCCUUCUGUAAUCGGCCGCUUAUUUCUGAAACCCCUUGUUACAGUAGAGAAGCACACUAAAAAUGGUUGUACUUUUGACCAAGAAAAAGGGAAAUGA